AUGGCUACUGGACUUUGCGAGAACUGUCAUAAGGCGCCGAAAUUCGGUACUCACAAGUACUGCGGCAAAACAUGCGCCGCUCAGGCGGCCACUGCACACCAGCCUGCACGUCGCGCGAAACCAGGACCACCUCCCAAGGCCAAAGUUCCUCCACCAGCCCAAAAACCGGGACGGCUCUGCGACUAUUGCGGGCAAAAGCCAAAGUUCAGUAACUUUGAUUACUGCGGUAAAUCAUGCGCAUCGAAAGCCUCUACCGCUCUUCCUGCGCAACCUGCUGUACAUGGCCGAUCGGUUCCAAAGCAUGGCGCUCGCCUUCCGGCCACUGCUCAGCCUAUCAAAACUUCUAAACCAGCAACGCGCCACGCACUGGCAGCAACUGGGACCAAAGAUGAAUCCAGCGAGGAUGACGACGACGAAUACGCUGAUGCCGAUGAGGAAGCUGAAGACGAUCCGGGAACAGGCACAGAUUUAGAUGCAUAUCCAUCAGAUGAUGACGAAGAGCCUACUCCGGCUCCUUCGUCACGACCAGUCAAGACUGUGCAUGCUCCACUGAAACAAAGCCACCCAGCCCGUCAUGUGACUGGUACCUGUCUUGUCCCCAACUGUGGAAAACCGUCUUUCGUUGAUAGAGGUGGGGUAAAAACAGAUUACUGCUCCACACGUCACCGAGAAGAAGCAGUGACCCUCGGACUGGUUCCGGGAUGCAUCAUGUGCCAACGCUACCCACAGACUGGAAUAGAUUACUUCUGCUCUGCCGCUUGCAGAAAUCAGUCCAUGACGAAAGUCUAG